AUGGUCGUCAGAGAUCCGUCUCUUCCGCUACACAAGCAAUUACCUGACAAGGGACUAAGCAAGGACGCCGUGGAGAACCAUUUGGUUGCCUUAGGUGGCUUAGAGCACUCGAAAUGGGAAGAAGGGCGCGUUUCUGGUGCAGUAUAUUAUGGCGAUAAAGGAGACGUUAAUGAUAUUAUCGUCGAUGCUUUCAGACGUUUCACUGUCUCGAACCCGCUCCAUCCAGAUGUAUUCCCUGGUAUCAGAACUAUGGAAGCGCAGGUUGUCUCAAUGGUCCUUCAAAUGUACAAUGCUGGCCCAGACGGUGCAGGCACAACCACAUCUGGUGGUACCGAAUCUAUCCUGCUUGCUUGUCUUGCCUAUAGGAACUGGGCUAAGGAGGCGCGUGGCAUAAGUAAUCCAGAAAUGAUUGUACCUGUCACGGCACACGCGGCAUUCAACAAGGCAUCAUACUAUUUCGGAAUCACACUCAGACAUGUCCCUGUAGACCCAGAAACUCGCAAAGUAAGCAUCAAGCACGUACGAAGAGCACUCAAUCGCAGCACAUGUAUGGUUGUCGGCUCAGCACCUAAUUUUCCCGAUGGAAAUGUGGAUGACAUUGUAGAGCUCGCUAAAUUGGCAAAGAAGUAUGGUGUUGGAUUGCACGUCGACUGUUGUCUUGGUAGUUUCAUAAUGCCUUUCCUCAAGGAUGCGAGAUUGGUAACUACCCCAUUCGACUUUAGCGUUGACGGCGUCACAUCGAUCUCAUGCGACACCCACAAGUAUGGUUUCGCUCCGAAGGGAUCAUCCGUGAUCAUGUAUAGAAACAAGACAUGGAGAUCAUAUCAGUAUUAUAGUCAACCAGAUUGGACAGGUGGUGUAUAUGCAUCCCCAACGCUCGCUGGAUCACGUCCAGGUGCACUUAUCGCAGGAACAUGGGCCGUCAUGUCACAUAUGGGUCAAGAGGGUUACGUCCAAUCAUGCCGUGACAUUGUCACCGCCCGGAUAUCGAUACAAGAAUAUAUAGAGCAGGAGCUCAGUUCAGAUCUCGCCAUCAUGGGAAAUCCAAUAUCCUCAGUCGUGGCUUUCAAAUCUGUUAACCCAUCACUAAACAUCUACACAGUCGGUGAUCUUAUGCACGAAAAAGGUUAUUCAUUUAAUGCUAUUGCUAACCCUCCAGCUUUACACAUCGCCUGUACUCGUCCAACACUGACUGCAGUAGAUGACAUCAAAGCAACGCUCAAGUGGGCAGUUGAAGAGGCAAAAUCACGUAAAAUAGACAAGAAAGAUGAAGGCUCAAUGGUUGCGCUUUAUGGUGUAGGUAGUUCAACUGCGAUCGGACAUGAUCUCGUCGACUACCUCGCCAAAGGAUUCCUCGACACUAUGUACGUCGUUUCUUAA